UUGUUCAACUACUAGAACGCUCGCCUUGAUUGGACGUGAUAGUCUUAUUAUGUGUUUAAAUUAUGCAUACAAGCUGUCAUUCGAGAAUUCGUUAAUGAUAAGGAAGCGCGAUAACUUAUGACGACAUUCUUUACUCUAAAUUAAUUGGAUAAAUAUACGAGUAUUCGUUAUUGCGCUUGUAAUUUUAUCAGAGUUAUAUUUAAUCAGUUGCCAUUUGCGUUUUUUAAGAUAAACUCGCGUGUACUUUGAGUGUGUGAAUAGGCAUACAUUUUAUGAAUAGUAUACUAUUAAUACAAAGUGAAUAUAUCAAGGAAUCAUGUACAAACUAAGACAUUUAUUUAAAAUUCGUAAUUCAUUGACUACUCAACAUGGGUUGAGAUAUAAUCAUGCUGGGGUCAAAAAUGACCUUCAGCUGAGGAAUAUAGAUAAAGUGUUGAUAGCCAACCGAGGUGAAAUAGCAUGUAGGGUGAUGAGAACAGCAAAAAAGUUGGGAAUCAGAACUGUUGCUGUUUACUCUGAUGCUGAUAAAGAUGCUAUGCAUGUAGAAAUGGCAGAUGAGGCUUAUCACAUUGGGCCUGCACCAUCAGCACAAAGUUAUCUUAAUGCAAAUAAAAUAUUGGAAAUUGCCAAAAAGUCAAACAGCCAAGCCAUACAUCCUGGAUAUGGAUUUCUUUCUGAGAAUGUAGAAUUCUGUGAGAAAUGUGCCAAUGAAGGUGUUAUAUUUAUUGGACCACCUCCGUCUGCUAUAAGGGAUAUGGGAAUAAAAAGUACUUCAAAAGCAAUAAUGUCAAGCGCAGGAGUACCAAUAGUUAAAGGCUAUCAUGGGGAAGAUCAAAGUAUUGAAAGGCUGAAGGCAGAAGCAAACAAGAUUGGAUUUCCUUUAAUGAUCAAAGCUGUUCGUGGUGGAGGAGGCAAGGGUAUGAGAAUUGCAAUGACAGAAGAUGAAUUUUUGUCACAACUGGAAUCAGCUAAGAGAGAAUCGUUGAAGUCCUUUGGAGAUGAGAGUAUGCUGUUAGAACAGUACAUUACUGAUCCCAGACAUGUUGAAGUUCAGGUAUUCGCAGAUAUGUACGGCAAUGCGGUACAUUUAUUUGAAAGAGACUGCUCUGUACAAAGACGUCAUCAAAAAAUCAUUGAAGAGGCACCCGCACCCGGCCUGUCCGAGGCGACGCGCGGCGCGCUGGGCGCGGCGGCGGUGCGCGCGGCGCAGGCGGUGGGCUACGUGGGCGCGGGCACGGUGGAGUUCAUCCUGCACCGGCACACGCACGACUUCCACUUCAUGGAGAUGAACACGCGUCUGCAAGUCGAACAUCCCAUCACUGAAAUGAUUACAGGCACGGAUCUAGUGGAAUGGCAGUUGCGCGUGGACAACGUACGGGUGGAGACAGGAGUACGAGAAGGGCAAGAGGUGUCAAUUCAUUACGACCCGAUGAUUGCGAAGUUAGUCGUGUGGGGCAAGGACCGAAACCAGGCCCUAGCUAAAACUAGAAGGAAGCUCUCUGAGUAUCAAGUAGCAGGUUUGGAGACUAACGUGAACUUCCUGCUCCGUUUGAGUGGCGCGAGUGCGUUCGUGUCGGGCGACGUGCACACUGCCUUCAUACCGCAGCACGAACACGAGCUGUUCGCGAGCACCGGCGCGCGAGCAGCGCUCUCCGAACACACCGCUAUACAGGCCGCGCUGGGAUAUUUAAGACAAUCUCGGUUGUCAUCGACUGCUAACGACACGUGGAAAGGUAUCUCCGUGUCAUCCAGCGCUUGGAGACCGAACUAUCAGCUGCAGAAGACGGUUAAUUUCAAAUUCAAUGAAAAAGAUAUCAAAGUGCACGUAGAAUAUGAAAGCACACCAAACACAUACAGAGUGAAAGUGGGCGAGGGCGAGUGGCGGCGGGCGCAGGCCGAGCUGCUCCCCUCCCACCUCGGGCUGCGGCUCCUCACCAAGGUGGAUGACAAGACCAGCAAUGUCGGCUUCCUCACAUACGACCAGGAAGUCCAUGUUUACGAUGAGAAUGGUCAAACAGUAGUACAAAUACCUCAUGCUAAGUACCAGUCAGCGGGCGGCGAGGCGGCGGCCGCCGCGCACAGCGCCGCCUCGCCCACGCCCGGCGUGCUGGAGAGGAUUCUCGUCAAUAAGGGAGAUAAGGUAGUGAAAGGCCAGCCGCUGUUCGUGGUGAUAGCAAUGAAGAUGGAAUACGUAGUGCGGUCUCCUCGGGACGGCGUGGUGGCCUCCCUCGCGGCGGUGAAGCAAGGCGACGCUGUCGGCAAGGGGGCUCAAAUUGUUGUACUCGAAAACGAAAGCUAAAUGCUUUUGAAUAAAGGUCAUCGCUCAGUUAACAUGUCUCGUUAGAACAAUAUUUGUUUAUCGGUGCAAUAUAUCAAUCUAUUGUCUUGAUACAGUAAAAUAUAAUUGUUUGAGAUAUAAGUUCUAUGUAUAAACGUGUAAAUUAAGAUUAAGUGACAACUUCUUAAGACAGUAAAGUUAUUCUCAUUUUAAUAUCAUCCUGUGAAUCGUAUUGUCCUGAAAAAUACAAUAAUGUAAAUGAAGCAUUUAUAUAACUUGUUUUUUACUAAUGUAUAUGAUUAUUGAUUACUUGUGUAUAUCCUGUAAUAUUAAGCGGAUAUAUUUUUAUAACUUUUUUUUACUAAAUGUACGUGUAUAUGGUUAAUCGUUCAAUUUUUCAAUUUAAUAGUGAAUAUUAUAAAAAUGCAUAAGCCAAGAAAAUUGCAGGCCUGAGUUACUUCAAUUGACUUCUAUACACAACUUAGCAAUAUGAUCAAAGAAAUUGGUUCCAUAUUUUUCUGCCAUGUUGUCAGGCUACAAGUAUUUUUAUUACUUCUUCCAAUUGUACUUAUAUUAUUAAACUUCGCAUAUUGGGCAAUGUCAUAAUUUAAGGAAUAAAUAAAUUGUAUGUUUUUAUACAAA